UUUUCGAAAAGUACAAAACGAGAUUUUUCCGAGGCGCUCCUGAAGGCAUCACUACUGUUUCCAGAGAUGCUCGCAGCCGCAGCUCAACUCACCGUGUGGCUGCACAGGAUCAUGACAGAGAACAAUGCGGAGACAGACACAGAAGAUUAGUCAAUCUGUCCAGUCUCAGUGAUCGGGGAUCAUGGACAGUCGCAGGACGGACGCUACACGAAGCCGAUCAGGAGACGCUUCCGGUGGCCUGAACACAGAGCCAGCGCGCCGUCAAGAACGGUCCGGGGAAACCGCGGACGCCGCAGAGUCGCAGCUUUGGCUGCCGGGAUGGAUGCGGCUCUACUUCUACGGGAUGCACGGCGUGACCCUGGACGUCCUGCUGUCGUCUCUGCACGGGGUUGGUAAUAAUGGGCACCCGAAACUGCUGGGCUUUUCCUCCGUGUACCUCUGCAUCUCGCAUGCACUGACACACUUUGCGCUGGAGAAAAUUUAUGGUCAGAAGAGAUGCUUCCAAGGUCGGCCUGUGGUGUUCCACCUCGUCUUCUACCCGUCCAUCUACAUCGGGCUGCAGAUCCUGGUCGGGAACAUCAACACUUUGACCGAGCAGGUUAGAGUGGUGUCUGGGACUCAGCUGCUCCUGCACUACAUCCUGGCACUCUACUUCACCCAAGUGUUCCACAAAGGAGUGGGCAGGCUGCAGUAUAACCCCUCCAUCUGCCUCACUGACCUUUUGACCAAACAUGGCCAGGGGAACAGAGGCGAGGUUCUUUCAGGCCUUGCGCGGUUCCUGUUUUUUGGGAUGCACGGUCUUCUGGAUGAGAUCCUUUUCACCUCCGUGUUCAACCUGGUGGAGAAGUCUGACCGGACCCUCGGCGGUCACACAUCCCUGUGGUCCUUCCUGAUGUACGGUAGCUGCAGCUUUGUGGUGGACAAGCUCUAUCUGCACCUCCAUUUCCAGAGAGGCUGGGGGCUGUGGAGGAGACUCCCCGUCUACGUCUGCAUCAUCUACACCUGGGAGUUCACCUGGGGGCUGGUCCUCAGGCAGUUUGACGCCUGCUCCUGGGACUAUUCCCACUAUCCUCACAACUUCAUGGGACUCAUCACCCUGGUCUACCUGCCCGGCUGGAUAUGUCUCAGCCUGUACCAGGACGUCCUGUCCAAUGUCCUGCUGAAGAUCAGGUGCACCAAAGAUACAGAAGAUUUGAGUUUGGAAAAGGAACGAGUGAAUGGGAAGCUGGAGUCAAAGACACAUUAAUUUGUCGGACUUUCCUUUUUUCAGACUUGUUUUUCAAAAAUUAUUCAAUUUAAUACUUUAGAAAGAAUUGUAAUUAUUUAAAUGAGAUUAUACAAACAGGCACCACUUACUGUUAGCAGUUUUUCAUAGAUUGUAUAUAAGAACUGGACUGAGCUAUUAGUUAAACCUUUGUGAUACCAAAAAAAUUUUUUUAAAGAUUUUUUAAGUCCUUCCUGUGACCUAUGAUUUGUGAUGUUUUAUUGGGAAAAUAAUUUUAAAUAUUUAUUCUGAUAAAAAGAUACUUUUUUACGACCAUAAACUAGUGAAUGAGACAAGGAUCAAACUUGCAAAAAAAUAGCCUUGAGAAACAAAUGUUCAGUUCGUACAAGUCAGGUUACAUUACCAGUGGAGCUCUUGUCCAUUUCUUGUAUACGGUCUAUGAUUAAUUCCGCUUUUAAUAAAUAAAGAAAACGUGCGCAGCUCUGUGAUCUGAUGGACAUGAGUUUGUAAACCUGAUCAGAUUGAGUUCAUCUACUGCCGUUUUUAUCUCUCUAUUUUCUACAGACCUGUUUUAAAAGUCUUCAGGACAGCAGUAGGUGUGAUUUACUAUAUGUUUUUUAACAUUUACGCACUAGAACGUGUUAACGUUAUAUCUGCAUGCUAAGCAAAAAAAAAAACGAUGGUUGUGUUCCCAGAAAUGAAUGUGUUGAAACCUUUUAAAAAGUCAGUAUUUAUGCCACAUUUAAAUAUGUCAAAAUAGUUUAAAGAAAUGAAAGUUUUUAAUUAUUUAUAAUGUUUAAAUUAUGCAGAUGAUGCACUACUCUUUUGUGUAGCAAGAGUGAAUCUGUAGCUGAACAGGGAGGAGAUGUCAGAUUUUACUGUGAGUCUUUCUGGAACCAAACAUCACUAACGACCGUGUUGUUCUUUCUAUGCACAAAUUAUCUCUGAAGUUCAAAUAGGAGUAAAAACAUAAAGAUCCUGGUCACCUCAGACUGUCCUGAAUUAUCACCACAUGUUCAAAUAACUAGGAUGUCCUUUUUGUUAGUCAAUACUACAGGUGGUUAGCUGUUAGCAUGCAAGCGAUAUAAUUAAAUGUGAUACAAAAACAUAUGAGAAGAUUCUUCAAAAUCUUAUACACAAGUUGUGGAGUUCUGCAUAACCAGAAAACAAUCAGUAAUGUUAUCUGCGGAAUUUUUUAAUGCCUCUGUGCCUGCACAGUGUUUUGACAUUCUGAUUGAAUUACCUGAAAAGCAGCAUCAGGUGGACUAUAAAAACGAACACAUCACUGUUUUCCACCAUAUUGUCCUCCACUGACUAGAAAAAAAAAAACUAAAAGCGAUGCUAAUGCAUUUAAGACGGGCAACAGUGGUUCUGUGCACAGAGAAUAUAACAGCCAUAACAGAAGGUGUAACCUGGGCUGUAGCUCAAGUGCCUUCCUCUGAACCGAGUCAGUAAAGG